AACAUAAAAUCAAUUUGAUACAUAGAAAUUUCAAACACAAAUGUUCAUCCAUUUAUUUAUAAAGUAAUUUACCGUAAUUUGGAUUAAUUCUGAGAGUUCACUUUCCCCCAUUUUGUCCUUGUUUACGUAAACUUUAAACAUGAAAUUCAUACCUCUUCACACGACAAACACCGCUAUUGUCUAUAAGAAUUCCCUUUUCUCAAUGGCCACGUUAAUGGUGCUAUUUUUCAUCACACUAUCCGUUAUGCUGCCAGUUUUAUUGGUUUCCUUGCUCAGUCCUUACUCAGGCAUAUCCGAAUCCCGGGUGUUGUAUGAACAGCCGCAGCUGCAGUUUACCUAUCAGUAUAUUUUUGUGGCAAGCACUGAGCCGACAGGUGACAAUGAACCUGCCGAGACAUUAGUAUCCUGCAGCAGCUUUGGAAAUUUAAAUGCACGACUGCAGCUUUACACAAACAGCUGCGAGGCUAGCAAGUACUGGACGGAAGACUUGGAUCAUGACACCAUCACAGACCGCGCGCACUUUCAACUGCAGCUCAAUCAUCUGCCCGCGCGACUGCUCCGUUUCGAUCUGAUCCUCUUCUUUGAGGCACAGCUACAGCACAAGUGCCCCCUUUCACCUCCCGCUGUUCUGGCCCAUCAGUUGAUCCUCCCACAGGCGCCACAUAUGCAAAUGGGGAGCAUUCAACUGAAGGGCGAGCUGCAACUAAAGCAGCACGUGGAGUUCACGUGCCCUUUUCCGGGUCGCAACAUCAAGACGCAUUUUCGACAAAUUCAACUGGACCCCAACAACAGCUACCCGAAUAUAGAACAAUACAAGAUGGAAUCUCUGCUCUCACAAGUCAAGGCCAAUCCUGCCUACUUUCAGUUGGCUAUACAGGAAUCGUAUUUUUAUCCCACUGCCGCACAUUUGGAUCCCGGCCUCAAUAUUGAACUGGAGUUGGAUGUUUUCCAAGUGCCGGCACGGUAUCAUCUAAGCAUUUGGGAACGUUUAGGCCAAUUCUGGUUAUACUUUGCCUCCUUCUUUGGUAUAUCAUUCUAUGUCAUGAACAAACUGAAGGAUUUUCUAUUCGGCCGGCACAUUAUACGCUCUUGGGAGGUUAUACCUUGGAAAAAGCUAUACUGACACGAGUCUGGCGCCAUUUUGGAAAUGGACAACUUUUCAAUCGGCGAGUAAGAGAGAGCAACAAAUCAAGAUACAACAAAUUCCAACAAGGCGUCGUGUUCAGUCAAAGAAUAAACUAAAUA